CAGACACGCACACUGUUGCACAUGUCAACUGUGUACUUGUACUUUCGCAGCCUUUCGCUCAGCCGCUCUCUCUCUCUCUCUCUCUCUCUCGGCCGCGGCUUGUUUUGUGACUACAUAGUUGCUGCUGCGCCGUGGUCUUUGUCAUGUAACUUCAUCCACACGGUUUACACACAAAAAGAAAAGUGCAUGAGACACAUUUGACACACACGCGCGCACACAGUAUUGGGACGAUAACAAAGGGAGACUUGACUGUGCUGCCAGUAAUCUUUGACGUUGAUUACAGAUGGACAGCGUUGACCAAAAUGCCUUUCCUCACAACAGGCCACCUCACCAGGCUGUCGCCCUGGACGAAGCACAGCUGGACGUCCUCGGGCAACGGGCACAGCAGCAGUCCCCGUCCUUUUUGGAGAGGGUGAAGGCACAAUGUUGUUGUUCCGGCCCCCGGUUGAAGAGCUCGCUGCUCGGUUUAUUUCCUGUGCUGUCAUGGCUGCCUCGCUACUCCAUCAGGGAGAACGCCGUCGGGGACCUGGUGUCUGGAAUCAGUGUUGGGAUCAUACAGCUGCCACAAGGUAUGGCCAACGCCAUGUUGGUGGGAGUUCCUCCAGUCUUUGGUCUCUACAGCUCUCUCUAUCCUCUGAUCAUCUACUUCAUCUUCGGCACCUCCAGACACCUCUCCAUUGGUACUUUUGCCAUCCUGGCCAUCAUGAUUGGCUCUGUGACCGCUAAAGUGGAGUUGCUCCACAUUGGUGAUGAACAGGUUGACGUGGAAGCAGCCAAAGUGAACGUGGCGGUACAGCUCACUUUCCUCUGUGGCCUCAUACAGCUCCUAAUGUACCUGCUGCGUGGAGGAGGUGUGGGUCGCUGGCUGUCGGAUCCUGUAAUCAGAGGCUACACCACAGCAGCAGGUCUGCACGUGAUGAUCCUGCAGCUGCCACUUAUGACUGGGAUACCUGCGCAGAGACACACGGGACUGCUGCCUUCAGUUUGGACGUUAAAUGAUGUCUUGCACGGAGUGACCAGUGCUGUACCGGGAGCGUUGUCGGUCUCCAGUGUUUCCAUGGUGAUACUCAUCGGAGGCAAGAUACUGAAUGAGCGCUUUAAGAACAAGCUGCCUGUUGCCGUACCAUGGGAACUUAUACUGAUUGUCCUGGGCACCAUCCUGUCAGUGCAGAUGGAUCUGGUUGGACAGCACAAAGUCCAGGUGGUGGGACACAUACCCAGUGGCCUGUCUCCCCCAGUCCUUCCCUCCCUCUCUCAGGCCACACAGCUGUUCGUUCCCGCUCUGUCAGUGGCUCUGGUCGGCUUCAGCUUCCUCUCGGCGUUGGGCUCGGUGUUUGCCAACAAACAUGGCUACCACGUGGACAGCAGUCAGGACCUGCUGGCUCUGGGUCUGUGUAACACCAUAGGAGGAAUGUUCCAGUGCUUCGCUGUCAGCUGCUCCUUCUCUCGCAGUAUGGUCCAGGACAGCACUGGUGUCAAAUCACAGGUGGCCGGAUUGCUAUCCGCUCUGAUGAUGCUCACCAUCCUGCUAAAGAUCGGUCAUCUCUUUGAACAGCUGCCAAAGGCGGUGUUGGCAGUGAUCAUAGUGGUGAACCUGCAAGGGUUGAUGGCUCAGUUCAAAGAUCUGUGUCUGCUCUGGAAGUGUGACAGAUUAGACCUGCUGGUGUGGGUAGCCUCGCUGAUCUCCACGCUGGUCUUUAACCUGGACCUGGGUCUGGCCGUGGCCGUCAUCUUCUCUCUACUCACACUCAUCUACAGGACACAACACUCCUCCACUGUUGUUUUGGGUCGUAUUCCUGGUACCGACUGUUACAGAGAUGUGGUACUCUACACAAAGGCAAAGCCAGUUGCUGGGGUGACGAUACUCUCCUAUUCAAGUCCGAUUUACUUUGCCAACUCUGAACUGGUCUUCACACAGAUCAGACAGACGGUGAGUCGUGAUCAGAAGAAAAACCCAGCUGGAGUACACACCUCCUCUUCUUCCUCCUCCUCCUCCUCCUCUUCCUCUUCAGGACACACGUGGAGACACACGCAUAGCCUGGUUCUAGAUCUCAGCUCAGUCACCUUCAUGGACUCAGUGGCCAUGCUGGCACUUUGCAAGGUUGCAGAGGACUUGGAUGUCCAAGGUGUCGGUGUUUUUCUGGCAGCGUGCCCAGAGAGAAUCUUAUCUCAGCUGCAGACUCAGGGUUGUAAAGCAGACAGCCUGUCCACCCUGUGUCUCUCCCCAUCGGUCCAUCAUGCUGUCCAGCGCUGCCUGAGCACCCUGCCAAGGCCUCUGGAGGAAAUCAUACCAGAUGCAACUGAAUGUUGAACCUGCAUGGCCGCUGCUUUUACAGAAGAGUUACGUCACAUCAAUGUAUCAGAGGGUGAUGGUAAACCUCUAAGAUGGCAGAACAGGACAAUCACUGUUCAUUUUGUUUUGAAAGUAAGACAUUAAAACCUUUCCAUCGUGUAUAGGCAUUCACUUUUAACACAUUCCUAGACAAUAAAUGUAUAUGUUUUAGGAUUUGCAUCAUUUUUGGUAAAGUAUUUUUGACUCGAUUAGAUGCUUAAUUCAAAUUCAAACUGUUUUGAUCCAUCAAUCUCUGGGUCAGAGGUCCAACCUGCUUUGAAAGGACUCUUGCCGUAGCAGGCUAACAACAUAUGUAUAGGAUGAAAUUGAUUGUUGUGCCAUUCUAUUUAGUAUUCUAUUUGAUAUACCAAGGCCCCAAACGAUAAAUCGAAAAAAGCGUUUAAAACAGGUAUGAAUUCAUUGGCCCCUAAAGUGGUACAUUGAAUCUGUGCAAACUGUUAAUAUUUUGCUCAGCCAACAUAACAUAGUUACACAUUUACAAAAAGUAAAUCUACAUACCACAGA